AUGUUCCGCGAGAGCUUGUUUGGCGUGGCUCUUGCAGCCACGCUGGCAGAGCUGGAAUCCGUCUGUUUUCUUAGCGAGGGGCAAAAAGAGGAGUUGUGGGACAUCUUUGACAUCGCCAUGGAUCGAACACUGGCGGAGUCACCUGUCACGUCCCAGCUGCGUGUCUUCUCGCCGGCUCCGGCAAUUAAUAAGAGACAAACUAGAAUGGGUGGUAACGAUGGCGUUGAGGUUUCGGCGGAGCUGUCCACUAAACCGACGAAGAUGAUGUUCCCUUUUGUUGCAUUGCCGCCAUCUUCACCAGCGACGUCGCUCCCGCGCUGCGAUGUACUAAACGAUGGUGUGGCAUACCCCAUUUACCGUGUUAAGGAUGGCAUUUGGACAAUUCUUCUUAAGUCGCCCACCCUGGAGGUAAAGGACGGUGCCGGAAAGUGCGAGACAAUUUACCUUGACUAUCUUAAGGUGCACCUCAAGGAUGUCCAACCGAAAGAAGGCCCUAAGAAAACAGCAGCCGGAAAAAAGCGGAAGCGUUAA